GGGCGGGGCUCCGGCCACCAGGCCACCGAGCAGCCGCCGCCCGCGGUCGCAGGGACUGGAGGCGCGCGGCUGGGAAGCCGGAGGAACGUGGACCGCGGCGGCGCGCCUUGAGGUGCUUCGAAGGCGUCAUCAGCCCCAUUUGCAGGUCCCCUGCCCUCCGCCGGGACGCGGGAAAGCCCGGCGCGCGGCGGGGGCGCGAGGUGGGGCUGGCGGGGGCGGCCAAUGCGAAACUGGCUGGUGCUGCUGUGCCCGUGCGUGCUCGGGGCCGCGCUGCACCUCUGGCUGCGGCUGCGCUCCCCGCCGCCCGCGCGCGCCUCCGCCGUCCACCCAGCAGAUCACUUGGCCCUAUUUCCUCGAUGGAAAUCGAGUCACUAUGAUGUGGUAGUUGGUGUGUUGUCAGCCCGCAAUAACCAUGAACUUCGAAAUGUGAUAAGAAGCACCUGGCUGAAACAUUUAAUACAACAUCCCACACUAAGUCAACGCGUGCUCGUGAAGUUCAUAAUAGGCGCUCGCGGCUGCGACGUGCCUGUGGAGGACCGGGAAGACCCCUACUCCUGCAGACUGCUCAACAUCACGGACCCAGUUUUGAAUCAGGAAAUCGAGGCGUUCAGUUUUCCGGAGGACACUUCAUCAGGGCUCUCUGAGGACCGCGUUGUCAGCGUGAGCUUUCGAGUUCUUCACCCCAUCGUCAUUACCAGUCUCGGGGUGUUCUAUGAUGCCGGCGAUGCUGGUUUCCAGCGGAACAUCACCGUCAUGCUUUAUCAGGCCGAACAGGAGGAGGCCCUCUUCAUCGCUCGCUUUAGUCCCCCGAGCUGCGGCGUGCAGGUGAACAGGCUGUGGUACAAGCCCGUGGAGCAGUUCAUCCUACCAGAGAGCUUCGAAGGCACGAUCGUGUGGGAGAGCCAGGACCCCCAGGGCCUCGCGUCGAGGAACCUCCACACGGUGACCGUAAAUGACGGAGGGGGCGUUCUCAGGGUCCUCACAGCUGCAGAGGGUGCAUUGCCUCACGGAUUCAUGGAAGGUGUGGAGGGAGUUGCAGGUGGUUUUAUUUAUACUAUUCAAGAAGGCGAUGCUCUCUUACAAAACCUUCAUUCUCGCCCUCAAAGACGUGUGGACCACACACGCGGCCUCCACGAGGAAGACGCCUUGCUCAAGGAGGAGAGCAGCGUCCACGAUGACAUUAUCUUUGUGGAUGUUGUCGACACGUACCGCAACGUCCCCGCAAAGCUGUUGAACUUCUACAAGUGGACCGUGGAGUCGACCAGCUUCGACCUGCUGCUGAAGACCGAUGACGACUGCUACGUGGACCUGGAGGCCGUGUUCAGCAGGAUCGCCCGCGAGCACCUGGACCGGCCCAACUUCUGGUGGGGGAAUUUCAGGUGGAACUGGGCGGUGGACCGGACGGGGAAGUGGCAGGAGCUGGAGUACCCCAGCCCCGCGUACCCUGCCUUCGCAUGCGGCUCGGGCUACGUGGUGUCCAGGGACAUCGUCCACUGGCUGGCCAGCAACGCGGGGCGGCUGAAGACCUAUCAGGGUGAAGAUGUGAGCAUGGGCAUCUGGAUGGCGGCCAUAGGACCCACGCGGUACCAGGACAGCCUGUGGCUGUGUGAGAAGACCUGUGAGACGGGAAUGCUGUCUUCCCCUCAGUACUCUGCCCGGGAGCUCACGGACCUCUGGAGGCUGAAGGAACUGUGUGGUGACCCUUGCCAGUGUGAGGCGUGAUGAUGAUGGUUCUUUGGCGCAGUGUUUAAAGAUCAGGGCAGGCAAGUGGUAAUCUGCAUGUGAAUCCGGGAAAAGUGGCAGUUCAGCAGUGAUCACGUGGUCUCUCCGGAGGGCUCUGGGCUGGGACCCCCGUAACCAACGUGGUCGUUCUGAAUGUUUGCACAAGGUUCCCCUUGAAAGUCAACCCUGACAUGUAGCGUAAGAAAAAUUUUAUGUAUUGAAAGGUUUGAAAAACACCAAAAUCUUUAUAAAAGAAAAAAAGUAUUUCUAAAUCCUGAUACAUCAUUUCCAUUUAGAAUUCAUUACCUAUCAUUUUUGGUUCAAACUUGGCUUGUUCAGAAAUCUUUAGUAAUUGAGAGUUGGGAUUUCCGCCUGCAUUGCAGAACAGCUUUGUGUAGCAUAAUAAGGAUGAACACAGGCCAAAACCAAAUCUCAGAAAUGCUGCGAUCGUGUGACUGGCUGCCACCCACGCACAGUGGUCACUAAUACCAAAGUCUGGGGUCUCUGGAAGUAAUGUCAUUUCCUGUGGGUGUCUGAAUGAAGUGGGCAACUUAAACUUGGAAAAGAACCAAUUUAGUUCUCAGUUCUGGACCUUGGUUUAAAAGCUCACUUAUUAUGUAGUGGAUUAAUGCACGUUUUCUUUUGCCAUUUCACAUAAAUCCUGAAAAGUCACACCUUAGGACUCCUAUUAAAAAAUGCUAAAUUUUUGUGAAUAUAAAUAAAGGCAAAUAUCUCUCAGGGUUUCGGUGCCAUAGGGAGGGAUGUUUCUGAAUAGUUGGCACUUGGAAAGACUUUCGUCCCCCUGUCAUUGCCUAACGUUUAGCUGCACCGAGAGAACCUCGAUAGGGCUGGUCGGCCUCAGCGACGACUGCAGGUGCAGGUGUGGCUGGAGGGGAGGCGUGUGAGUAGGUUUUGUAAGUGCUGUAAGCACGGUGCAGUCGAGGAGAGAGAUCACAGCGUGUGUGCCAUGCGUAAUGGGGGACGUGUCUCCUUAAAUGGCCAACCAGUCAUUUUAGUCACCUUUUAAACUAGUGGUGUCAAUAGAGAGUCCCAUGAAGCUGGGCGAGUGAGAGACAUUACCUGUGUUCAGGUUGUAGUGGACUAGCCGGGUUCUGUUUAAUACUGAGAUGGCCACAUAAUGAAAUGCAGUCAUGAACUAGAAAUGUGAAAUAAAGUCAGAAAAUCGGUAGUAGGUACAAAGCCUUUAUUGUUGCUAUUAUAUACAAGCCUAGAAGUGGUUUCUUUCUAAUGAAAAGUACCACCUUUUCUGUAUGUAGGGCAAGUUACAGAACCUUUUUUGUGUGUGUGGCAGCAGAGCUGUCUAACACAGCAUUCAUUUCCAGGGAACCCCAGGCCCGGUGACAGUGUGGUGUCUGAGCUUCACCAGUUGGCCGUCACCAUCGCACCAACAGACAGUCUCCACUUUCCACAGAGUAAAACUGUAAUGACUGUUGGUCAUUUUCUAGCUCAAUCUCUCUGCCCGGCAUCUAAAACAGAACACAGAGUCGAGGGCAACUGAGACAGAGGCGACAGAGCAUGUUCUGUGCCCACCCCAGAACGUGUGGCCCCCAUUCAGAGUCCGCUCUGUAGAGACAUAGGUUAACAGUGCAGCGUGCUGUGGGGGCUAAGCUUGACCAUGUCUUGCUGGGCAACUUACUUUGGGACUCUCGUAGGACAGCAGGAGGUCUGACACGGGAACUCUGAGGAGGCGUGACAGCAGUCCUUUCACCUUCUGAAUUGUCAUGGAGUCUGUCAGAGAAAAGAAAAACUACCAGUUCUCUCAAACGACAGUUUCCUGUCAAACUAGCUCAGAGUACGAGGCCACAGUCACAGUGACGGCUGAAACUGUCACUUGAGUGCCCAUCCCCGAGUAAGCGAGUGGGCAGAGGCACAGCGACCGCGUGGACCACGGCUGCACAGCACUCACUCGAGUCCCUGGGGAGGCGGAGCCAGGUUUGACCUAAGUGCCCUUUGACCGUGAGUUUUCAUACCAUUUCAGUGGUGGUCGAUACUUCCUCCUCCUCGACCCUAAUAAACCUGAAAUCAUAGUCUCUGCCCAGAGGAAUAAAUGUGAAUAAAAUCAUUAACUUCACUUUUUAAAUCUUUGUGAUUACUUAGGACUAAACUAAAAGACCACUGAGUGGGGCUCUCGAGUCCUUUGGCCUUAGUUGCUCCUCGUCAAGUACGGGGUAAACUGCAUGGUCCACCAGGUCCCUUCCAGUGCAACCAGCCGGCAGUUACCGCAGCGUGCCGCUGUGUUUGACACGCGUGCUGGUGACCCUUGGCGUGGGAAUGUAACUUCAUGAGGAAAUGCUUCGGUCUGCUUGGGAAACACUAUUGAGCUUUUCUCCAAAGAUGAGCUGUGGUAAAUACUGGCUAUUUUGAUUAUGAGAAAUAUAGUUUCUUUGAAGCUUUAGUGGGAGGUACAGCAAUAGUGUGGUGUUCCUACAAAUAUCACAGAGUCGAGUAUUUUUCUAUCAAAGAUCAUUUUGUAAAAGCUGUCUGUUUUUAUGCAAUUUGUGAUAAUAAAUGUUCUUUAUUUUAGAAGAAA